GGCCCCGGCCCGGCCGCGGAGCCCCCGGGACCCCCGGCCAUGGAGGGCAUGGACGUGGACCUGGACGCGGAGCUCAUGCAGAAGUUCAGCUGCCUCGGCACCACCGACAAGGACGUGCUGAUCGGCGAGUUCCAGCGCCUGCUCGGCUUCCAGCUCAGCCCCGCCGGCUGCGCCUUCUUCCUCGACAUGACCAACUGGAAUCUACAAGCUGCCAUUGGAGCCUACUAUGAUUUUGAGAGUCCAAAUAUCAAUGUCCCCUCCAUGUCAUUUGUGGAAGAUGUCACCAUAGGUGAAGGAGAGUCCAUCCCUCCUGAUACCCAGUUUACAAAAACAUGGAGGAUACAGAAUACAGGGACGGAGGCGUGGCCCCCAGGGGUUUGCCUGAAGUAUGUUGGUGGAGACCAGUUUGGGCACGUGAACAUGGUGAUGGUGAGGUCCCUGGAGCCGCAGGAGAUGGCCGAUGUCAGCGUGCAGAUGUGCAGCCCCAGCACCGCCGGAAUGUAUCAGGGACAGUGGCGGAUGUGCACUGCCACGGGACUCUACUACGGAGAUGUCAUCUGGGUGAUCCUCAGCGUGGAAGUUGGAGGACUUCUGGGUGUCACACAGCAGCUGUCAUCCUUUGAAACAGAGUUCAACACGCAGCCGCAUCGCAAGGUAGAAGGAAACUUUAACCCAUUCGCCUCUCCACAGAAGAACAGGCAACCAGAUGAAAACAACCUAAAAGACCCUGGGGGUUCCAAGCUAGGCACAAUCAGCAAAAACACAUGGGGGCCUGCUCCUGACCAAAUCGAACAAGAUCAGAAUGGACUGUCACAAAACUCUGUAAAUCUCUCCCCCAGCAGUCACUCGAACAACUUGUCGGUAGUGACGUACAGUAAGGGUUUCCACGGUCCUUAUCACUUCGGACAGUCUUAAAACACAAAAACACAAAACGGGUAUCGACAAGAGGAGAAUUUAAGAAAAAGCUGACUUUUGGGGAAGGGAGGGGGAUUCAUGUGGCAGACAGACACAGCGUGGACCCCCCUUCUCUGCCUCCGUGUUCUGGAAAAGAAGAAAAAACAAAAGCCCAGUAACUUAAGACUAGCUGUUUCCAGAGGAAAAUCCAAAACCUGAGUAUGCAUGUGUGACUGCUGGAUUUCAGAGUGGUGUAAAUGCUAUGAGGAAGAAGAGACACCAACACUAUGGGUUUUUAGAAAUCAUCUUCACGUGUAAUUAGGUAGCUUAAAAAGAAGUUUAAAAAUGAAAAUUUAAAAGCCAUCUUUAAAAAAAAGAAUAUUUUGCCUACAGAGCGGUUGUAGUUUGAGCAAAUGUUUAAUUUCUGUUUGUUUCUUGUUCUUUUUUUUUUGGUUUCUUUUUCCUAAGGGACAGCGUGCAUUUUCCCAGAAUGUCCUGGUUUGCUGCUGAACAGGACUGGCUCAGCACCUGCUGGGGUUUGUGCAGGGACUGCUUCUGUCAGGCUUUUUUAAUGCCAGGUUGGGUCUGCACCCAGCACUGCGUUUUUAACAGCAUCUGCUGGUUUUAGUUACCAACUUUUUAAUCUUUUAUUUCCUCUUUUCCUUUUGGUUUGGGUGUUGCUUUUAAGUUGUCCUGCGUGUCAUUGGGAGUCACGUUAUGGACAGGUUUCAGUAUCAGAAUUGGAGAGGGAGACACUGGGACUCCUGGAAUAACAUGGAGGGCUCGUCUCCCUUCCCUCUUGUACAUGAAGUACACAAAUACACACCCAUGUUGAUAAGAAACUGAUUUAUUCAAGUUGCUGAGCUGUCCUGUGUGGUUAGCAGUUAAAAAUCCCUUUUUGUUCACUCUCGUGUGCAGUAGCUGUGCCUGGAGCUGUGUGCCAAGAGGAAUCUCUGUAGCUGUAAUUCACCUGCUGAUAGUUGCAAAGCUUCACAGACAUCUUGUCCUUUUCAUUUGGAGUCUCCCCUCUCUCUUUCAGAGCAUAAGUUUGCAUUUGUUUCUCCUGUGCUGAGGUGGAGCUCAGAGGCUGAUCCCUGUGUUCUGGAGCACAGAGCAGGAGUUGACACCACCAGCUGGGUCCCACUGUCACCUCCUCUUCUUCUGCCUUUGUCAUCUGGGCUUGGGGCUGCACCGAGGCUGUGAGUGGGCUCACGUUAGGGGAGGGAUUGCAGAAGGUUUGGGCUGCUCUGCUGUCCCUCCAGCAUGU